GGCAACUCGGCACUCCGGUCAGCGAGUCGAACCAUUCGAAGUAGAUGCCUAGACUUCGAUCGGGGGGAAAGAAUCGCCGUUCGACGAAGUACAGCUGGUUGUAAUAACGGAGCAGUAACGCGAUGCCAGCCGCGUCUCUGGUCGGUGUUCUCGUCGCCUGAAAACAUAUUCCUCUUUCUUUGUAUAUACUCGUUUCGUAUACAACCACCAGGCGAUGACAACGUCUCGUUUUCUCACCUGUCGAGUUUCCAUGAGAUCCGCGAUAGCUUCUUCGUAGUUUCCUCCAUCCUCGCUGUAGUGCUCGAGAAUAAAGUCCUACAAGAAACGGUAAGGGAACACGAGUUAUCGUUUCGUACAAGGAAGGUUACAUCGAUAACGCGCUGCUAAGCGACCAUUUAGCGGCAGCAAACGUCACGGUAAAAGGCAACAUGACGAGGAUCACGCUCGAGCUGAUACGAAAACGCUCGGAGCACAACGAAGGAGAGAUAUCCACGUUGGAGGAGAUAGCUUUGCAUCAAGAGAAUAUCGAGAAAAUCGAACUGAUCGAUAAAACGUGCAGACAUUUAAAGAUUCUGCUGCUGCAGAACAAUCUCGUGUCGAGGAUCGAGAAUCUGAGCAGGUUGAAGGAGUUGGAGUAUCUGAAUCUAGCGUUGAAUAAUAUAGAAGCGAUCGAGAAUUUGGAGGGAUUGGAGAGUCUGAAGAAGCUGGAUUUGACCGUGAAUUUCAUCGGCGAUCUGCGAGGGAUCAAGAGAUUAAGGUGCAACGAACGAUUGGAACAGCUGUUUCUGAUGGGAAAUCCGUGCGCUGAUUACGAUGGUUACAGAGAAUACGCAAUCGCGGCACUGUCGCAGCUGAAGGAAUUGGACGGAGUACCCAUCGAACGAUCCGAACGCAUCAAAGCGUUGCAAGUUUACGCUCGUCUCGAAGGAGAGAUCGCGGAGAGCUACGCGAGAUACGAAAAAGCGAGGAGAGCGGAAAUACUCGGUUAUCACGAGAGGAUCGCUUCGCUGCCGGAACUGAAAGAAAAGGAAGAAGAAGAAGACGACGACGACGAAAGAUUCUGGAAACGAGCCAGUCGUCACACGCCGGAAGAACGCGUCGCAAUCGCCGAACGAUUAUCCAGGAAAGAGGAAUUGAAAAAUCGAGAGAGGAAUCGAGAGGAGCCGCGGAUUAGUAACGAGGCGAAGUUAUUCAGCCCCGAUGGCAAGCCGUACAAUACUAAUCAGCCAAAAGUGUCGUUCAAGCUGAACGAUGAACAGUACGAGGAUCGUGUUGUGCUGGAGGUUGCCGUGUACAAGUACUUGGACACUUGCCACCUCGACGUGGACGUCCAACCCGAUUACGUGCGCGUGACGAUCAAGGGAAAGGUGCUGCAGCUGACUCUCCCUUGCGAGGUGUCGGUGGACGACAGCACGGCCAAGAGAAACACGACGAACGGUACAUUGGUGGUGACGAUGCCGCGAUUAAAGCCGGUACCGAUCAUCGGCAAUAUACGCAAGAAAAACGAGGAACAUUCUCGUACGUUGGAACCGCGACGACCGACGACGACGACGAUGCGAGAGUAUCUAGAGAUCGGUCCAGCUUCGGACGAUCUAGAUUUUUCAAGAAUCUUUAUAAAAUCGAAGAAACCAAUCGUCGAUCGUAGAAGAGAAGAGGAACACGAGGAGAAGUUGUUCGAAGAUUCAUCAGAGGUGCCUCCAUUAGAAUGAGAAAAUCCAGGGAAUCGAAAGGCUUCGUCAUCGCGUUCAAAGCGGUGCUCACCUUGAAUGGGUCCCGGAAGUCGAUGUCUUUGGUCUCCUUCAGUCCCAACGGUAUCAUCGGCAUCGCCGGUUCAUCGCUAACAAGACACAUGCACGUAUGAUUAAGAAGACGAAAUGAAAAGAUUCUUAAGAGGAUCUUACCAACCUGUCGA